GGGGUUUCCCAGGGGGGCCUCCAGGGGCACCCGGGGAGGGAGCGAGGGGGCGGAGCUUGCCAUUGGCGCCUUGAAAUGCGGAAGGCCUGCAUUGAGGCAUUUUCUCAUUUCAAGGAUGGAGUAGGAGCCCUGCAAUGUGCAGGAGGCGAAGGUUUCUAUUCAGGCCUCUCUUGACCUUUGUAGGCCAACAUGCCCAGCGAAAGUGAUCACCAGGAUAAAAGUGCUGCUAUUCAUGAAGGAGGGGCUCCUGACUUUGCUGUUAGAUCCCGCAAACGAAAAGCUGAUGUUGUAAUAUUUUUACCAGAUCCAGAUGAAGAUGUUGCUGGAAUACAAAUGAUGAAGAAGAAGCAGAAUGAAUGUCAGCAGCCAUCUUCGAAUCUGCCCCAUACACUGAUCCCAACACCAGACAAAGAAGAGCUGAGGAGCCCCAAAUUCUCUUCCAUUCACAAAAGCCUUACUGCAGCUAGAGAUUCACCAUUGCCUGUUUUGGGCUGGGGAAAUAGAGAUGAAGUAUGGAAAAACAUGAUCAAAAAAGAGCAGACGUAUGUGAGAGACAAGCUAUAUAUGCAACGGCACCCACUCUUACAACCAAAAAUGCGGGUCAUUCUUCUAGACUGGCUAAUGGAGGUGUGUGAAGUCUACAAACUUCACAGGGAGACAUUUUAUUUGGCACAAGAUUUCUUUGACCGGUACAUGGCAACGCAUCAGAAUGUUGUAAAGACACUUCUACAACUAAUUGGCAUUUCAUCCUUAUUUAUAGCUGCAAAACGUGAGGAGAUCUAUCCUCCGAAACUGUGUCAGUUUGCAUACGUUACAGAUGGAGCUUGCACAGAAGAAGAAAUUCUUAAUAUGGAACUCCUCAUAAUGAAGGCCCUCGACUGGCAUUUGAGCCCCCUCACCGUUGUGUCCUGGCUCAACAUAUACUUGCAAAUCGCAUAUCUAAAUGAGAUCUACGAGAUGCUGCUUCCGCAUUAUCCACAGCAGAUAUUUGUGCAAAUAGCCAUGCUUUUGGAUCUCUGUGUCCUGGAUAUUGGCUGUCUGGGAUAUACAUAUAGCGUUCUAGCUGCUUCUGCUUUAUAUCAUUUUUCCUCUUGUGAGCUGAUGCAGAGGGUUUCAGGUUAUGAAUUUUCUGACAUAGAGGACUGUGUGAAAUGGAUGGUUCCCUUUGCUAUGGUUAUCAAGGAAGUCGGAAGCACAACGAUGAAGCAGUUCAGAGGAGUUCCUGCAGAAGAUCUGCACAAUAUACAGACGCACAUAAACACUUUUGAUUUGCUGGACAAAGUUGAAUCCAAACAGGCCUCUUUGGCUGAGAAGAGCAGGCAUUCCCCUUUGCCCCCUGGAAUCCUCACCCCUCCUCAGAGUAGUAAGAAAUUGCCUCAGUUGUGACUGAGGUCUCUUGGCUUAAAGUGCCUUCUUAGUUAUUUCUCCACCACAAAAUGCUGCCAGUGAUUGACUGAACGUCUAUGAAAUUCUACAAUGGAAACUGUUUUUGUUUUAUUUUUAUGGAAGAAAUGUAUAUCAUGGAGACUAUUUUUAUGGGAUGCUUAUUUUUAAAUGAACUGCUUGAGUACACCAGCCACCCCAAACAACAGGCAUUUGCUUGGAUCGCUGCUAAGGAGGGUGAUACUCAAUGUGUUGAUUCUCAGAAGGGAGAAGGGCUUGUGCCCUUGGCUCUUCUGGACCACUUUGGAUAUUCUACUUUGCUGCGGGAGAUGAACCUCUUCUUAGUUUACAACUUGACCUUUUUUUAAAAAAACACUUCGUAUGAAUGCUCUUACAUGUCUUUAAUUUUUGAAUAAAGUGCUUUUUGUGUGUA